AUGGUUGUGGCCAAAAGAGCAGUCCUAAAUGUUACCACCCAACAGAGCCGUUUCCAUACACUGAAACAAGAAUCUGCUUCGACUGAGAUCACAGUCAAAGACCUCAGCAUCACGAUCGGCAAUCACGAAGUCUUGAGCCAUGCUCAACUGCAGCUACAUCCUGGUAGACACUACGUCUUGGUGGGCCGCAAUGGUGUAGGAAAAUCCACACUUUUGAGAGCAAUAGCCGAAGGACUGAUAUUACCUGAUUCCAUACGCGUGUUGCUUUUAGGUCAAGUGGAAGAGGCUGAGGAUUAUGGCUUUUCUGAGGCACCGGUCUCGCCUAAAGAAACUGUUCUCGAGCACGUUCUGCGUAGCGACAAAGAACGCGAGCGUCGAGUGCAUGAAGCAAGUAGGUUGUCGACAGCAAUGGAUAACGUCGACGACCCUACUGCUAUGUUGAAAGUAUACCGUGAGUUGAGAUGUGAGCAACUGGAACGUGAUGUCGCCAAAGCAAGACACCGAGCAUCAAAAACAAGUGGUGUGAGGGGACUAGGAGCAAGGAAAACGCUUACAAAAUUAGAGGAAGAGUUGACUGCUGCUUGCGAAAGGCUUGAGAAACUAGUUAUCUCGAACGACCUCGGGGUUGAGGAGCCUAAAACAGUCAAGGAAGAGACCCAGAAUGCCAUCGACAUGUUGACCGAUGUGCAAGCAUCUCUAGUAGCAAUGGACGCCUCAGGCGCAGAAGCCAGAGCACGAUCUGUACUACUCGGAAUAGGUUUCUCAGCAGAAAGAAUAGAGAGCCCCGUAUCCCAGCUAUCAGGAGGCUGGAAAACGCGUUGCAGUCUAGCAUGUGCACUCUGCCAAUCGACAGACCUUCUACUGUUGGAUGAACCCACGAAUUUUCUUGACUUGCCGGCUAUCGUCUGGCUAGAAAGAUACAUCCAGACACUCGAUCCAACAGUCACGCUGAUCAUGGUAACACACGAUCGAGCCUUUGCAGACGGAGUCGCGGAUGAACUUCUCGUCUUGCGAAACCAGAGUUUGGAAACUUUCAAGGGCAAUGUUUCCAGCUACGAAACUGCGAGGUUGCAGUCAUACAAAUACCUCAGUAAGAUGCAAGCCGCCCAGGAAAAGCAGAAGAAACACAUACAAGCAACCAUCGAGCAGAAUAUCAAGAUGGCUAAACGCUCAGGAGAUGACAAGAAGCUCAAGCAAGUGUCCUCAAGAAAGAAAAAGUUGAAUGAGCGAAUGGGCAUGGAGGUUUCAGCCAAAGGCACAAGAUUCAAGCUGAACAGGGACAGACCAGGUUAUCACGAAAGUUUACGCGAGAGUAUCGAAGUCCCUGACUUUGAUCCCCCGCCACGUAUGAUGUUUUCUGUCGGUCCAUCUGAUCUCCGCUUCCCAGGAGCUUUGAUUUCGCUCGAGGACGUUGAUUUUGACUACAGCGCUGGAAAAAUGCAGACACCCGUGUUGCGCAACAUCAAUAUCAACAUUCAUCCAGGAGAGCGAGUAGGCAUAGUGGGCAUGAAUGGUUCAGGAAAGUCUACCUUAGUCUCCUUGAUGACUGCCGAUGCACGAGAAAGUACGAGUAGCCGUGUGCGAAGCAAAGGCAACAUCACAAGGCACGCUCGAGCAAAGAUUGGCCUGUAUUCGCAGCAAGCGGUCGAAGAGCUUCAGAACCUUGCCUCGGCCGAACCCGGGUCGACUGCUCUGUCGCAUCUGUUGGAGUUUACAAACGGUGCUCUCUCGGAACAAGAAGCACGCGGCAUUCUAUCGUCCCUCGGCUUAGUUGGCAAGGUGGCCUCAGAGGUGCCCAUAAGCCUUCUUUCGGGUGGACAAAAAGUGCGACUGGCGUUGGCGAAAGUGCUUUGGGACCCACCACACCUACUCAUCUUGGACGAGGUCACUACACACCUGGAUCCGGACACCAUACAAGCACUUGGCCUGAGACUUCGCGACUACCAGGGCGCCAUCUUGCUCAUCACACAUGACCGCUUUUUCAUGCGAUGCGUGGUUGAAGGCGAAUUGUCUAGAGUCUCAACCGGAGGAUACAAAGGUGAAUCGGAGGAGGAAAGCGAUGACAGCGAAGACGGCCUACCAGCAUGUGGUGUAGUAUAUCGUUUGUUCAAGACGAGACUCAAGAAGUUGGAUGGCGGCAUGCAACAGUACGAAGAGAUGGUGACAAAACUAUUGUCCUGA